AUGCGGCCCUCAAUAAGCGCGCUAGCUGCAGUCUCUCGCAGCCAGCCCUCAAAGCUGAAGAAACCCGCGAUCAGUCUCGACCAUUUUAUUCAAAGACAGCGCGUUUUGGCAUUAUGGCGCGAGAUCGUCAGGGCCAUACAUAAGAUUCCACCUUCAUCAACUCGGGAGGAGCUGCAAUCUUAUGCCAGAGCUGAAUUUGAGAGACAUCGUGGAGUGACGGAUGUUCCACAUAUAAGAUACCUGGUCUCGACCGGGAAAGCAGAAUUCGAUAUGAUGAGGAGGUAUAUUGAUGAGCAAGUCGCUGGUUGA